UAUGACUCCGACCGUCGUUAUUGCCGGCGUUCGCAGCGGGGUGGGAAAGACCACCAUCGCCACCGGCAUCAUGGGCGCCCUGACCCGCGGGGAUACACCGUGCAGCCCUUCAAGGCCGGCCCCGACUACAUCGACCCGUCCUACCACCAGGUGGCCUGCGGCGUCCCCUCACGGAACCUGGAUACCUGGCUCUUGCCGCACACCACGGUCUUGGAACUUUACGCCAAGGCAUCCUCGAAACGCCGCAUUUCCGUGAUCGAAGGAGUGAUGGGCCUGUUUGAUGGUCAUUCCAGUCUCACCGAGGAGGGAUCCACCGCCCAGCUGGCCAAGCUCCUUGGCGCCCCGGUGAUCCUCGUCGCCGACGCCUCCAAGGUUGCACGCAGCGUCGCAGCCGAGGUGCUUGGCUACCAGCAGUUCGACCCUGAUCUAAACGUGGCGGGCGUCAUCCUCAACGGAGUCGGCAGCCCGGCCCACCUGGAAUUCUGCAAGCCACAGGUCGAGGCCACCACCGGCCUGCCCGUACUGGGUUACCUUCCUCGGCGACCCGACUUCGAGCAGCCUGAGAGACACCUGGGACUGAUUCCCACUGUCGAAGGCACCGUGGCCAACCAGUGGUAUGAAGCCAUCAUCGCCCAGGUCGAGGAGACCAUCGACAUCGGGCGGAUAGCCGAGCUGGCCCAGUUGUCCGCGGCGCCAUCGCCCGUUGACGGCGACGGAACGCGGGUCUACCCGCAGGAGCCACAGCCCCGGCGUGCCGUGAUUGCCGUCGCGCAGGACAAGGCCUUCAACUUCUACUAUCAGGACUCUCUGGAUCUGCUGGAGGCCUGGGGUGCCGAGAUCGCUCCGUUCAGCCCACUGGAUGAUGAGUCUCUGCCCGCGCGCGCUGGCGGCGUCUACCUAGGGGGCGGCUUCCCCGAGAUGUUCGCCGCCGAACUGUCGGCCAACCGCCCCAUGCUUGAGUCUAUCCGGCAGGCGGCGGCGCGCGGAAUACCGGUAUACGGGGAGUGCGGCGGACUGAUGUACCUCGGGCGCAGCCUGACCGGUUUCGACGGGCGUGCCCACUCCAUGGCGGGGCUGCUGCCCGCCGUGUCGGCGAUGUCCCAGUCACGCCUGUCCCUCGGCUACCGCGAGGUGGAGGCCCGCGCCGACGGCCCGUUGCUUUCAAAGGGUCAGCAGGUGCGAGGCCACGAGUUCCACUGGUCGACGCUGGAGGAGCCUCCCGACGAAGGCGAAUCGGUGUACCGGGUCGUCAAUCAAGGCGGCCGCCCCGACGGCUUUCAGUCCGGCAGCGUUUGGGCCACGUACGUUCACGUGCACCUGGGCAGCGCGCAGGGACUUGCCUCACGAUUCAUCGACUCCUGCGCCGCCCACAGCAGGAUCUGA